CGCAAACAGAACGCACCCGACAUGCACAUUCCCCGUGCAUACGAACGUUCCCGCGGAAACAAAACAACGGUAAACACAUCCUGCUACCGACACAAACCAUGGUCUGAAUCAGACCGAGACCGAUUGCUCUGGUGGAAGUCAGUGUCAACUUACAAUGUCGACAUUGAGAACAGAAACUUCAAAUACCGAUGGUGGACUUCGACGUUCACACCGUCUUAAUUCUGGACAACCGGCUAAACAGCCUACCAAAGUAUCUGCAGCGUUAUUGGCAGCCAAGAGGAAAGCAAAGCAACGUAAUAUGAACAAGAAACAAAAUGAUAUUAUUAGAGACAUCUAUCAGAAUGCAAUGGAUUCAAAAUCCAUGUUCCAUAAACCUACUGGUUUAGUUUAUGAUAGACGCAUGGCUGAACAUCGCUGUAUGUGGGAUUCAACCUAUCCAGAGUGUCCUGAACGCUUAACACGAGUACUUGAGAGGUGUGAGGAAUUGGGCCUUGUUCAGUGCUGCAAGGAAAUUUUACCUCGUGAGGCAACAGAAAAAGAACUGCUUUCAAAACACACACCUGAACAAAUCGCAAUUCUUAAAGCUACUGAAAAUGUUUCGGAUGAACAGUACUUAGAAAACCUCUCCUCAAAAUAUGAUGCUAUAUAUAUUCAUCCGAGCACUUAUCGUCUAUCUCUGCUUGCUGCUGGAAGUACGAUAGAAUUGGUUGAAAACAUUUGUAAAGGUGCAGUUCAAAAUGGAAUGGCUAUUGUUAGGCCUCCAGGUCAUCAUGCAAUGAAAAGUGAAUAUUGUGGUUAUUGUUUUUUUAACAAUGUGGCCAUAGCAGCUAACCAUGCUCUGGAGAAUUUGGGUCUUUCUCGUAUUUUGAUUAUUGAUUGGGAUGUUCAUCAUGGUCAAGCCACUCAGCAAAUGUUUUAUGAUGACCCAAGGGUUGUUUACUUCUCGAUCCAUCGUUAUGAGCAUGGAACAUUUUGGCCAAACCUUCGAGAAAGUGACUUUGACUAUGUUGGAAAAAAUAUGGGUGCUGGAUUUAACUUCAACGUCCCACUAAAUGCCACUGGCAUGGCUGAUGCCGAUUAUCUUGCUAUUUUCCAGCAAGUGCUACUUCCAAUGGCUUGCGAGUACGGUCCCGAGCUGAUAGUUGUGUCAUGUGGGUUUGAUUCAGCCCUGGGUGAUGAAAAGGGUGAAAUGGAGUUGACACCAGCAUGCUAUGCCCAUCUUAUAAACAGCCUUUCAGCCCUUGCCAAUGGAAAACUGGCUGUGGUGUUGGAGGGUGGCUACUGCCUCCGUUCUCUUGCUGAGGGUGCAGCUCUAACAUUGCGAGCAUUACUGGGGCACCCUACACCUUCUCUACCCCCAAUGGCACCUCCAUCUGACGUAAUUAGGAACACUAUACUUGAUGUCAUUUACUCACAUCGGCCUUUUUGGAACUGCUUCCAAUUACAAGACACAUGGUCAUUAUCUGAACAAGAGAACAAGGAUCCACUUGUGUCCCUCCCUGCUAGACACAUACCAAGAGCAAUCUUCCUUGGACCAACCGGUCCUCCUCCUUCCUCUUUUGAAACCAGGAACUGUUAUCCAGUUCAAAGUUCUGUUUUCCUCAUGUCUGUUGCAUCAAAACUGAAUAGCCUUAUUUCAAGUACAAAGUUGAUCAACCCAGUCAAUAAAUUAUCGAUAGUAUAUGAUGCCCGUAUGCUGAAGCAUUUUAACAGAGGUGAAACAUCUCAUCCAGAACGACCCGAAAGAGUUUCAAGUAUUUAUUCUAUGCUCGAGGACUUUGAAGUCUUGCAAAGGUGUAAUCUUGUACCUUCACGAGUGGCCACUGAAGAGGAACUAUUAUUGGUGCAUACUCAGGACCAUGUGUCUGCUAUGCAGUCUUUGGCAACAAAAUCUGAAGAUGAACUUGAUAAGCAACAAAAAAAAAUGCGUUCUGUGUAUCUUCAUAACAGCUCCUAUGAGUCAGCAUCAGUGGCAGCCGGAUGUGUCUUUCAGGUUGUCGAUGCAGUGUUGAGUGGAGAGAGUGCGUCUGGAGUGGCUGUGGUCCGCCCACCUGGCCAUCAUGCUGAAUCUGACAAUGCGUGUGGCUUCUGUGUGUUCAACAAUGUUUCCCUUGCUGCUAAAUAUGCUUUAGAGAAACAUGGCCUGUCGAGAAUUCUUCUUGUAGAUUGGGAUGUGCACCAUGGAAAUGGAACCCAGCACAUUUUUGAAUCAGACCCUCGAGUUCUGUACAUUUCACUUCAUCGCUAUGAUAAUGGAAGUUUUUUCCCUGGAUCUUUGGAUGCUGGUCAUGAUAAAGUUGGGCUUGGUAAAGGUGAAGGUUUCAAUGUGAAUAUACCUUGGAACAAGAAAGGGAUGAAUGAUGGCGACUACAUCACUGCCUUUCAUCAAAUUGUUCUUCCAAUUGCAUAUCAGUUCAAUCCAGAACUGGUCCUUGUAUCUGCUGGUUUUGAUGCGGCUGUGGGAGAUCCACUUGGUGGGUGCAAGGUAUCUCCCGAGUGUUACGGCCACAUGACCCACUGGCUCCAUGGGUUAGCUGGUGGACGCACAAUCCUCUGUUUAGAAGGUGGCUACAAUCUGAAUUCCAUUUCAUAUGCAAUGACAAUGUGCUGUAAAGCUCUUCUAGGGGAUCCUCUGCCUAUGUUGGAGAAAGGCUCAGUAGCUAGUCUUAAUGGUAUCCAAACAAUACGCACCGUUUGUUCAGUUCAAGAAAAAUACUGGCCUUGUCUUCGAUUUCAAGUGGCUCUUCCAGUAGAAGAUGAUAUUUUGUCAUCGCAGGAGAGUACUGAGGAUCUCUCUAGGAUGCUGGCUAAAGUUGAGUUGACUGAGAGAGAAAUUUCCAUGAACCACCCUAAGGAUGGAGAAGCGUCCAGAGCUAUUAAACUGGUAGUAGACUCUGGAGAUGUUGCUAGUUACGCUCGAACGUGUGCGCCAGACAGAUCCCAGGGUAAUUCUUCAUCAGGAGCAGGUCCAAGUUCUGGAGGAAGUGGAGAGGGGUCUUCUCUGGGAUCUGCCAGGGGUGGUGAUGGGAGCCGCCCAACUCUGGUUGAUUACUUGUCUGAGAACAUGCAGAUGCUAGUGGAAGAGAGAAUGUUUGCCGUGGUUCCACUGUCAGACUGUCCUCACUUACCUAGUGUGGAACCUGUGCCGGAGCAAGGUAUUGAUACCAAUGCAGCAUGUGAAGAGUGUAGCAGCACACAGGAAAAUUGGGCAUGUCUCGUGUGCUACAAGGUACUUUGUGGACGUUAUGUCAAUGAGCAUAUGUCUCAACAUGGCCAUGGUGUAGGUCAUCCUUUGACUUUGAGCUUCUCAGACCUAUCAGUUUGGUGCUAUGAAUGUGAGGCUUACAUUGACAAUCAAGUUUUGUAUGCCGCUAAAAAUGCUGCUCAUCAAAGCAAAUUUGGUGAAGAGCUUCCUUGGAGUUAUGGAGAAAGAUAAAUAAGACAACACAGCUUGAGUGUGGUGCUGUGGGAUUUUGCUGGAGAGCUCAAAUAAUUUUAUCAUGUCUUAAGGCAUGGCGACUGGCAGGUUUAAUCAUCUAAUUAAUAUUCCUUUAGACACAUUAGCUACAAAUCCCUGUUUUACCUAAUUGCACUUUAUAUGCCUUACAUUGUUGGUCAUACAGUAGACUACUUUUUCUGUAUGUUUAAUGUUUGUAUUAACAGUUGCUGAACUUACAUCAUCAUUGGCAAACCUACAAUCAACACCAGAAUAUUUAACUCAGAGUCAUUAAUUUAAUCAUUAGGGUAGGUAGGUAGUUGAGAGGAGUUUGGGUAGUAAUAACCAAUUAAUGUAACAUAAAGGAAAUAUGUUAAUUGACACGUAAAUCAAUUAAUAUAAUCACUUCCAAAAUUUAUGUUUUAUACACCUGUAUGUUUUUGAAAGAUAAACAUACCAACUUUGUCGUGCUUUAAUCUAAUCUUGUUUCUGUUUUCUUGUUUCCUAUUUUAAAGGUUGACUUGACUUUUAGCUUUAGAUAACAAUAUUUUUCUUUCCUUGUGAUUCAAAUACUCACAAUUUUUGUUGACACUAUUCUUAAAAUUCACUUUUUCAUUUUUACUCACCUUUUCUAAUUCAGUGAUGGCAAUGUAAUCAAAACCAAGACAAUGUCUUUUCAUAUGCUUCUAGCAUUACAACUUGUACUUCAACUUGUUGGGAACAUUACACCAAGAUACAGAUAAAUUGAUCCUUCUAUAGUCUUAAUUAAAAGCAAUUUUUAUUUCUUUGUGUUCUGCUUUUAAAAUCACUUUUGUGUUGAUGUUGUAUUUGAAAGACUUCCAUAGACUUGAUAAGACAUUGUAUGUGAAACAUAUAAUGACACUGUGAUACUGAAAAUCAUCCAAAGCCUCUUAUAAGAUUGAAGCUAAAUAUUUCUAUUUUUGUAGGACCAUGUCUUCAUUGUUGAAAUUUAAUUAAUAAACAAGACAAAAUAACUUU